GGGCUCUUAACCUUAUAUCUGAAGAGCCUUAAUUUCAGAUCAAGUGGUCAAAGAGCUGUAAGCACAGUCUUGAGCCACAAUAAAACAAUUCUCAAGUGGUGUUGCACUGCCCUUGCAGUCUCGGAGCUGCAAGAAAGUAUCAUAGAUAAUCAGAGUCAAAUAGUUAUGAUUGGUUAUAAUAACUAA